AUGUGUAAGAUCCCAGCAAGAGUCCUGGCAUCUAGCAUCUCUACUACCAGGAGAGGUCUCAUAAAACUAAUCCCCACGAGCACAUCUAAAGGCCUUUUAAAAUACUCUAUCACUUGGAAAACCUGAAAUACUAAUUCCUGGUUAUAUCCUGUAUACUUUUUGGAUCCAAGUACACCAGUCCACAUACUUCAAGAGAUAGGUCUAAGUCUCUCCCAUUGUUCCCAUUGGGUGCCUAAACUGGCUUCUUUAAGAGUCCUACCUUUUCAAAAGCUCCUUAGAAGUCCUGACCAGCUCUCUAGAGAUUAUUCCACUCUAAAUGGAGCCCUGCAAUUUGCCACCAAAGGGUUAAGCUGAACAUAGGGUAGAGCCAUGACAUAGGGUAAAGCCAUUCGCAUACUAGAAUACUUAAAACAGAUUCCUGACUAACCUGCCUCUAGGUAUUGCUGUGACUGGCUAACUGAAUUGGUUAGGGAAACCCAAACUAUAAAAAAAAAAUUUGUUCUAAUAUAUUCUGGUUUUGCUGAUUAAGAAAGGGGUGAACUGUACAGUAUACAUUUGAAAACUUAGGCCUUUUUCAACCAGAUUGUGCUAUGCCCUGACAAGCUGAAAUACUGAUAUGUACUAAGUACAUAUCAUAAGGGUUCUAUAAUUGAGGUACAGAAAAUGUGCAUUGUGAACAUGACUUCUGAGGAUAAAUGAAGCUGCCAAAGAAGAAGUAGUUAAAAGGGACCACAUUUUAAAAGAUAAGUUAAAUAUUUUCCACACUUGGCACUCUCUCCAGUCUUCAAUUUACUCUGCCUAUCUGACUGUACUUUAACUAGUUAAACAUCUGAUAGAUUAACUAGUUUAACAUCUGAUUUUUAAUUGGAAGGGAAAAGUAGACCAUUACCCUUUUUGUUACUCAAUCAACACAACACUACUACAGAGGUGGUACUCAACCAUUAGAAAGCAAGAAGUUGUUUACCGCCCCCCAAAAUAAACCUUUCUGAGCAUGAUCUUUGCUGACAUUCCUUUCUAGGGAGGUAAUGGAAAUAAAUUGGAUAAUUACAGAAAAGAAAAUGGUGGGAAUAUGAAUUUAUCUCCCUGUAUUUCCUAAGAUUCCUGAUUCUUUUGAGGCGGGAAAUUUCAAAUCCAGCCUACAUUACUCCAAAACCUGCAGUUGCAUCGUGAAUAUUCUGUAUCAUAAGCCCCCAGCAGGCUGGCUUCACCUAAGCUGGCGCAUAAGGUCAUCCCUUGGAUUUAAACACAUUCUGUGGAGAAUGUGUUUCCUGAGUGUUGGCACCCAGGCUUUUAUCAAGAACAAAUGAAAUAUAUUUGAAAAGAUGGAUGGAAAAGGACCAAGAGAAAACGUUCCUUCCAGUAUUAACUGCUAAAGGAUUAAAAUAUUUCAUCUGUAUAACAUUUCCUAGAACAGAAAUUUAUGCCCUUUUCUACAUCCAUUUCAAAUGGUUCAGGAACCCUUCCUAAUUUUAAAGAAACUUUCUGUAGAAAAUCUCAGCCUAAGGGGCCGGGGAUUUAGCUC